AUGGACCAGAGGCAGGGGAAGAGAUGCAUGGCCAGCCUUCCGCCGGAGGUGAUGGUGGAAGUGGCGAUGCAUCUGGGUCCCAGGGAGUGGCUUCGGCUGGCCCACGUCAACCGGGCCUUCCGCGCCCUCUUCUCACAUCAGCCCCUCUGGCGUCGCCUGCACCACUCGCGCUUCCCUCCUGCCACAGAUCCGACAAGUGGCACAACGCUUCUCGGGGGCGGUGGCGGCAGCGACGGCUUGAAGGCCAUCAAGCUUCUUCCGCGCUACGUCGUCAGUGGCGCACUCGAUGGCCGCCUCAAAGUGUGGGAGCGGGGAACGGGCGAGUGCCGCUACACCUUUGCGAAACACAAAGCCGCCAUCACGUGCCUCCGCUACGACCUGCGCACGCGCGCCAUGGUCAGCGGCUCUCUCGACCGCACCCUCCAUUUUUCACUCAACAAUGGCAUCCCGCACGUGAGCAGAUUGUACAAUCUUGAGAGCGGCACCACAAAUGCUCUACCGCACGCGGGCCAGGUCCUUACCCUGCAGCUUCGCGAUGACACCCUCUACACGGGCGGCUCGCACGGCCUGGUCUUCGUUUACAGCGUCACAGAGGCGGCCGCUUCUAUGAAGGCGCCCGCGGUCUCGAUCCUCUCCGGCCACGAUGGCGCCAUAACAGCCCUCGCGACCGACGAGCCCGGCCACCUGCUGGCCAGCGGCGGCGCCGACGCGGUGGUCAAGCUGUGCGACCCGCGCGUUCCACGCUCCGUGUUGCCGGCCAAGCUGACCGGCCAUUCUGCCGCCAUCACUGCGGUCAGCGUCCGGGACACUGUGGCCGUGACCUCCUCCCGGGCGCCGAAAGGCGAGCUCCUCGUGUGGGACCUCCGCAAAGUGGGAGAACGACACGACGGCCAGCCUGCUGCAUUGCUGCGCAACCUGGCGAGCGCCAAUGCGGUUCGUAGCUCGUGCUACGACGGCACCAAGCUCCUGGCGAGCACUGAUGGCGACAACUGCGUGCGGGUGUGGGACCCGCGCGACUGGACGUGCGGGGCCAAAUGGCCGCACGCGGCGCCGCUGCUGUGCCUCGACAGCCCAUCCACCAAGGCAUUUGUGGCCGGCGGACAAGACUACAGCGUGUCGCUGUGGGAAAAGCAGCCCAAGGCGCCCACAAACGGAAGCGCACAGAAGACCGGCCAAAGAGGCGAGGAGCGGAAGGUGAACAUCAACGACGGCAUGUAG